AUGCCGAAGCUCUUGAUGCAACCAGAAGAACACCGAUUUUUGGCCGGACGAUACCCAGAAGAAAAGAAAGAUUCCCCUAAAAAUUCUGAUGGUUUCCUGAUUUACAAACUUUCCCUCGCCAUCUUGUGCUCUAGCAUGAUGGCCUACGGUUGGUGGGACCAGAAGACGAACCCUAAAGAUGUGCACGGCUCUCACUCCUACACCGACUACGUUUCUAAUUGGAACGACAUUAGCUGCACCGCCUGGUCGAUCAUGAACGCGAUUGUCGCCUUUCAACCUGCCAUGCCCGCCGCUGCUUACGGUCUUCUCUCUGGAAUGAACGCCAUCGCUCCAACUUUCUCCUGCGGAGUUGCCUUUGCCUUCUGGACCCUUCUUCCCGCCGAUCGACAGUCUACCGACUUGGUCUCUCUUCACCAGCAUGCCUUCCUCGCCAUUAUAACAGUUGUCGAUUUGUUCCUCGUCGCUGCUCCGAUUCGAUACUUUCACAUCAUCAGCACCUGGAUCUUCGCUGGCUGCUACGCUAUAAACACUAUGAUCGUCUACUUCCUCUUUGGUGAAGACCGCGAUGAUGUCUACCCAUUCCUCAACUACUCCGACAAGUUCUCUAACGCCGUCAAGUUCGACCUGGCCAUGACCUUUGGCCUCCAGACAAUCAUGUUCUCGCUGAUGUACCUCUUCUCCAAGACGAAGUUCUGGGUGCAUCGAAAGAUCACCACCGUCCCAGAAGUCGACAGCCCCGGCGAGUCGAAGACUGAACUCUUGGAAAAAGGAGAUGGUCGUGCAACUCCCAAAAAGCAACUUAGACUUCGAAAAGUUCGAAAGGCCGACUAA